AUGUUAAGUAUUAUGAAUAUUAUAACAACAUUAUAUAAUGAUGUGCCAACACCAUAUGGAUAUUAUUUUCAAGAUUCAGCAACACCAAAUCAAGAAGAUUUUAUUAAUGAUAGUGGUGAAACAAUUGAAUUUGAAUCAUAUGUAAUUCCUGAUAGUUUAUUAGAAGAAGGACAAUUAAGAUUAUUAGAUACUGAUCUAUCAAUUGUUGUACCAGUUGAUACUCAUAUUAGAUUCUUAGUACUAGCUGCUGAUGUUAUUCAUGAUUUUGCUAUUCCUAGUUUAGGUAUUAAAGUUGAUGCUACUCCUGGUAGAUUAAAUCAAGUAUCAGCCUUAAUCCAAAGAGAAGGUGUAUUCUAUGGUAUGUGUAGUGAAUUAUGUGGUAGUGGACACGCUUUAAUACCUAUUAAAAUUGAAGCCGUAUCUUUACCUAAAUUCUUAGAAUGA